AUGGACGAGGAGCUCGAAUCAGAAGACCCAGCAAUUGAGUACCUCCAAAAACACAUCGAUAAUCUCGUACCAGAUGUCUUCAAGAUUCGGGUUUCACCGCAAGGUGUCUUAACCUCAAAUUCCACUGAUCAAAAAGACGAUAAUACCUUAUGUCCAUACCGCCCUCCUCUCGAAGCAACCGAGCGUCCGGACGGAAUCGAAGUGAUCCCAAGGUCAGAUCUGGAAGAGCUUGACCGACUAGGCUCACUGGUGGAUCUUAUCAUUGUGGAUGAGCUUGAGGGACGAUGCGUUGGGUUUACAACCGAAUAUAUUCCUGGAGGAACACUUGAGGAGAAAAAAUCUCGGACUUUUAAGCUUAAGUGGCUCACUCAAUUGAUUACCGUUAUCGAUGAGCUUAACUUGAAUCUUGGGAUUGCCCACCAAGAUGUCGCUCCCCGAAACCUCCUUAUAAACGAGGCAACAGAUUCCAUAAUGAUAUUUGACUUUAACUUUUCGAUUCGGAGUGAAGAGCCUAGCUAUAGUGAGGCGCGAAAUGAUAUUAAGGGAGAACAACACGUCCUGGAAAUAGAACAGAAGGAUUGGGCCCAGCACCCAGAUGUCCAACUUGACCGCCCGGUCUCAGAAUUUCGCGAGGUCCUCAGAGAGUGGUCUAAAAAGCGUCAUGCAGGCAAACAGAUCACUGCCUACAAAAACGCGCCUAAUUUCAUCGAUUGGCCAGAUACUCCUGAACUACCAUCUUUCGAAGUGGUCAUAUACUACGGGGGUAAGCCUACCACGGAGCUUCAAGUGCGAUGGAGUACAGAGAGGAAGAUGAGGUUAGAACAAAGCAAGACAGUUCUAAACUGGCAACGCCCUCCGCAGAGCAAGCUUAAACCUGGGGAUAGAAUUCUGGAGACUGGCGAGUUUAUCACGCGGGCCUGAUGUUUUGUGUUGAUGUACUUAGAGCUAGCGCGGAACGGCCCAU